AUGGGUGAACUGUCAUUCUCAAAAACUGACUCCUUUGGUAAACCCCUUUCACCAUUAGCAACCAAAACAGUUGGUUACCUCCUCAAAGAAAAAAAAAUUGUUCUGCUAUAUAUUCCUGUCUUCUCCAUCAUCCGGAGCUCUCAUGGGCAUGUGGGAUUCAUCCUCCUUGCAGGCAGCCCAGAGACACAUGUCAGAGACACCGACUGUGUCUGGGUACAGAUCCCGUCACCUGACCAGUCUGAUAUACUAUCAGAAGCACCAAAUGGGAAUGUGAUUGGAGCUUCUGCUUGUAUAUUACAAAGCCUCAUUCUCAAGGGAAAGCCUCUGUUGGUGCUGGACAAGACCUUGAGUGUUAUUCAGGCUGAGGUUUUUGCUGCCUGGACCACCUUUUUAAAUAAGUGCAAAACAAGGAAUCAAGAAGUAGAUUUGAAUUUUAUGGAAUCAAUCAAGAAAGAUCUCCUCAAUAACUUCCCAGACCCUAAGCUCAAUUCCCUCGUUGAAUUAUUCAAGGGCUUGCUGGUUGACACCCCAGGGCUUGUCGAAGACUCUCAAGUGGCUUGGAAGACACUUCCAGGUGAACCUGGGGGGUCGUUUCAGCAUGCCUUUUUCCUCCAACUCAUUCGCCAAGUUCCAAUACUUAUCACUCCCCCACAUAUUCCUACUGGAUUCCAACAAAAUUUCCAAAAAGGCAUUUUCACAUUUCCCUUCCCACUGGACUCCUACAGCACUCCUACUGAACUCCAAUUGAUCACAUGA